AUGGAACAGAGCCAAUGUGUUUCCAUAAUAUUUCUUUCACUUCAGUUGUUGAUGCACAAUGGGAAAUCAGAUCUGGAAGGAACUAAUAGCAUGUUUGCAGCCAAGAUGAUUCAGACUGAAUAUGAGCAAAUCUUUGAAUGCAUAAACGUCAACUCACAACCGUCUCUUCGGCAUCCUUUGCUGAGAGAUCAUAUUGUUCAGAUGAGGCCAACCUCCUUUGCAGACAGUUUGGAUGCUGAUCUCAAGUCAAAAUUUUCUUACGAAGAAGUUACGAUAAAUUAUAUUGCUUGCCCAAUGGGUACAGUCCCUAUUCUUCGAAACUAUGGAAGAAAUUCAACUGCUAGAUCUUUCAAAAUGUUGAAAGGAUACAUGCAGAAUGAGUACAAGAGCACUCUUCAUACUGUAAUGGUUGCCACAUUGCCUGCUACCGUUCACGGUUCUAUAGCAAUGAUAACAGUAUACGAGCCAAAUGUCGGUAUCAGCACUCAGCCAAGAUAUAGUGGAGCAGUUGUGCAAAUACAAAAUGGUGUCGAUCCACAUCUUUACGGCGACAACCAUUCCCAUUUCGAGAUUGCUUGGAGUGACAACAACCAUGGUUGCAUUAACCUCCUAUGUAAAGGCUUUGUUCAGGUCAGCUCACAGGUUGCUCCUAGAGCAAUAUUGAACCCCGCUUCCACCAUCAAUGGAACUCAAUAUGUAAUUGCAGUCGAACUUUGUCAGAAAAGAUAUCUUCUCUCAAUCAUGCAGGACACUGUCACUGGAAAUUGGUGGCUGACUUAUGGUAACGAAAGCCAUCCAGUAGGGUACUGGCCAAAGGAACUAUUCAGUUACUUGGCUGAUGCUGCGAACGAAAUUGGUUGGUUUGGCGUAGUGGGAGCUGCGCAUGGUGAAUCUUGUCCUCCAAUGGGUAGCGGUGAAUGGCCAGAUGAAGGAGAAGGAAAAGCAGCUUACUUCGCUGAAGUUAAAAUCGUAGAUGAGAGGACAAACGUAGUAGUUCCUAAUUUGAAAGACUGUGUUGUACAAAUAACAGACCCAAAGUGCUAUCAGGUAGGCCGUGUUAAUGCCCUAGAUGAGGGCCUGCAUUUCUACUUUGGAGGACCUGAAUGUCCAUCAGCUGGUUGA